AUGAAGUUCACUGUAUCUAGUCGUGUCCGUGUUAUAGCAUCUGUGCUCGUAGCAGCUACUUGUGCCCGAGGCACUGCACUUGUGGAGACCAAUGGCUCGUUGGUGCUGGGCGACGCAGCCCUUGACAACGAAAGCACUGGCCUGACGAUCAGCGAAGAGACGCGCAUCUUUGGCGGCGCAGAGGCCGAUGCGUCGCAGCUGCCGUUCAUCGUGAGUCUGCGCAAGGGCAAAGCUGAUGCCAAUACCUUUUGCGGCGGGACACUCAUUGCGUCCCAGUUUGUCGUCACGGCUGGGCACUGUGUCAAGACGGACGAGUCGAUGAUCUAUGCGUCAAUCGGCUCAGCUUUCGCCAAAGGAGCAGACGGAGGCCAGCAGGUCAAAGUCGUAGAGGGAUACCGCCACCCGUUGUACAACAAGUCCGCCCACUUGUACGACGUUGGCGUGCUCAAGCUCGAGAAGCCAGUCGCAGUCGCAGCCAUUGGGUUGGCCGCCGCCGACGGCUCUGACAACAAAGUUGGCACAGUGGCGACGGUCCGAGGGUGGGGCAUCACGGAGAAUGGCUCGCAGAGCUUGAUGCUCGAGGAAGUCGACGUCCACAUUGUGUCGACUGACGAGUGCAGCAAACAGUACAAGGACCGCAUCACGGACACGAUGCUGUGUGCAGGCAAUGGACAAGGACAAGACUCGUGCAAUGGCGACUCGGGCGGUCCCUUGAUCGCGAAUGGUAAGCUCGUUGGAGUCGUGAGUUGGGGCGGCAAGUGCGGGGCCAACUCGGGCGUCUACACGCGCGUGUCGGCCGUGCGGGACUACAUCAACGACAUUGUGCACGGCGGCAGCGGCGUGCGCUUUUCUGCGGCUCACGACGAGGCAAAAGAGCUCGACGUUGCGUCAACGGAUCCGAAGGGAUCGGCGGCUGGACGGUCUUCGACCGUGCACAGGCCAAGUGCACCAGCGACCAGAGAGGUCGCAACUGCGCGAGGUGCCAAUGCUCCCAGUCCGCCGUCAACGGGUACGAUCGCUCGUGCGGCCAUUGAGAUGGAGCGACCUGUCGCGGUCCCACUUGCAGUGCCAAGUGAGCCAACGCCCAGUUCCGCUGGAUCAGCUGAGCUGCUUUUGUCGAGUCCCAACGUGGCGCCCAUGUGCACGUAG